AUGGAUGACGUGAAGUCUAAACCCCAAACCCGGCCACGCUCGUCUAGGCACAUGCAGGGACAGAAUAUGGUCUUUCGAAUUCCAAACUACAAAUCAAAGACUUCCCUAGACUGCGGGUCCGAACAGUCUGAGAAGUUUUAUCAUUCCCGCCGGUCUCAUCGGAAAUCCCGCGCCGGCUGUGUGAACUGUAAGCAACGAAGAGUCAAGUGUGAUGAAGCAAAACCCCAUUGCUUGCGAUGUCAAAAAUAUGGCAUCGAGUGCGACUAUUCGAGCCAGCCAGCUCAACCUCAAAAGACCAAUAGCAUCGUCUCCCAGUUCAUCAACACCAACCCUGACUUGACCUCAAUUGAUUCUCUAGCUCCUUCAAUGUCUCUAAUGAUGGUCGCGGACAAGUUGACCGAAUUACUGCAUCCACCCUCUGCCACCGGUACCAAACCGCCGAGACUAACCCUGGAAGCAUUCCAUCAUUUCCGCCAAGGUCCAGCCUUUGCAACCCAAAGCGUUCAAAUUGUAAUGGGUAAAAUGGUCCAACUUGCCUUCGAAACGCCCUUCCUCAUGCACGCCAUAAUAGCAGCAGGAACAACCCACCUCUGCACCCUCCUCCCAGAAAACAAAGACUACCGCCUCGCAGAAGCCUACCACUGGCAACAAACAAUAAACCAAUACUCAACGGAAGUCUCGAGAAAAAUAAACCACUCAAACAUGGACAAACUAUACUCCGCCUGUCUAAUGAUCAGCAUGCACUCCUUCUACCAAGAAUCCUUUAGCCCACGCACCUCCUUUGUCUUCACAAAAGACCCAACAUCCCUAACUUGGCUCCGCCUCCAAACCGGUCUUCGCUUCCUCCUCGAACGCACAGCCCCCUGGCUCCCACAGAGCAUGUGGUGGACAGUAUUCAUGGAAUCGCGUGAUCCAUCCCUAGACUACGAAGAUAAGCGUCCCGGCCGCGUGGAUCUUGAUCCGGAUUUGGCGGAUCUUUGUGGGAUUGGAGAUGAGACGACUAUUGAGGAGAAUCCGUAUUUAUGGCCUUUGCGGAUGCUUAUGGUGUUGUUGCCGUUUGAGAGGGUGACGGGUAGUUCUAAGUUUUAUAAUACUUGGAUGGGGAGGCUGGAGAAUCCGUUUUAUGAGUGUUUGCUUAGGAAGGAGACGCCGGCGUUGGUAUUGUUGGCUUGGUGGUUGGGGCUUAUGUGUUGUGUUGAGGAGUGGUGGGUUGAGAUGAGGGUUCGUUCGGAGUGUACGGCUAUUUGUAUGUUCUUGGAGGAUAGUUGUGAUCCGUUGGUUUUGAGGUUGUUGGAGUUUCCAGCGUUGUCUUGUGGGUAUUUGCUUAGACAUGAGCAGGAACGGGCUAGGGUUCUGGAGUUGGAUUGA